ACAUAUGUCUCCAUGACCAUAUAUAUAAAUAUACAUACCAAUAAAGACCACCUGUGCUGUGUAUUAUUUAACCUUAAAGCCUCAGAGAGAACGAACUCUCGUAAUAAUAACAGAGAAUUAUUACACAAACUAAUCAUGUCAUCAUCAUCAUCAUCAGCCAGCGAUACUAACACUAAGCUAUCGUCGUCGUCUUCGUUGCCGGCGGUGGAGUCUGUGACGUGCGACACGUGCGGUUUCGCUGAGGAGUGUACACCGGCUUACAUCCACCGUGUUAAAGAACGUCACAAGGGACACUGGCUUUGUGGGCUUUGCGCUGAGGCCGUUAAGGACGAGGUGGUUCGAUCUUCCACUCGUAUCUCCGUCGAGGAAGCUCUCCGUCGCCACACGACGUUUUGCCACCGUUUCCGUUCUUGGAGCCCCGACGAGGAGGAAGAUCCGAUCUCUGUCAUUGGUAGGAUCUUGCGGCGGAGUCUCGACGGUUCUCCACGGAGAACAACCACGAGGACGAGCUCGAGCAGUGCUUUGCCGGGGAUUGACGGUGUUGCCUCACGACGGGCGCUUCUCCGAUCUGGGAGCUGUUUCCCGUCUCUCUCUACGUGAUUAUUAUAAUCUUGUUUUUAGUUUUUUUGGUUUAAGAUUAUUUUGCAUCAUUAUUUGUAUUUAAUUACAUUUUUAGAAGGAGAAGAAAGGUUUGGAAUCCGAGGAUUAGAAAUUUCCUAUGACGUCAGCCUUUCUUCGUUAAGUUGGUCAAUAAAAAUGUUUGUAAAAUGAGCAAAGCUCAUCAGUUCGAAAAAAAAAAAAAAAUUCAGUAUUGU